AACCGUUUUGCAUACCGACUUCCGCCCCGCUCGGCUCUCCCUCCCCUCCGUCUGCAUCGGCCGGCGAGCAGCUGAUAUGACAGCAGGACACACAGUAUCACACCGCGCCGCGAGAAGCUGACUUAAAAACUUCAUUUGGGAAGUAGGCGGAUGUCGUGUGCGGUCGAUGUAGGUCGGGGACGGAUCGGGCGACACGGAGGACGGGGACGCGAGUGGGUUUUUUGAUGCGAUGGGAUUUGCUACUUCGGCGUGAAGAGGCGGACCUAUGAGACGCUGCGAGUUCAAUAUGCUGAAGCUGUCCCCGGUGUUUGUGUACUGUACGUGGAAGUACAGAGACUGUUUGCCUCCAACUCACAGGCCCACGUAAGGAUUUAACACAGCACUAUAUUUUUUAUUAUUUCAGCGCACGGAUACGCACCGCAAAAACCUCUACUACCAUUUUUGUGUUUGUUUUGGAGCGGGGGUUCCUCCACAGAGGCUGCAUGUGCUCUACUCCUCCUCUGUGUCCGGGAUUUUAUUUCUAUUUCUGCUAAAAUAUAUUUGUUAAAUCGCUAAAUCAGACAUGGGGGACUGGCAUGUCGUAGCUGGCAGCAGUCACCCUUCUGACACAGACAGUAAACCCAUUAGAGUCUUUUUUUGAAGGGGCUCUUAUUUCAAAGUUGUCCCACGAUGAACUAUUAUUUUGCAGGUAUUUUAUUUUUAUUUUUUAUGCGUUAGCUGGUAGGAUUUUUAUUUAACUUAACGUUUUUAAAAAAAGACUGGUAUUUUUUUUUUGGCUCAACCUGAUUUUUUUUUUUUUAAAUCUCGGGAUUGCCCCAGUCAUCCCCACGGAUACGAAGCUUUUUUUUUUUUUUUGCACCCCUCCUCCAGCCUCAUUUUUCCACCAUGAGUUACAUCCACAAGGUAUUGAAUGUAUUGCUACGUGGACUCGUCAUCUAUGCGGUACUGAGCUCGGAGUGCACUUACUCGAAUGAUCUACCCAGCCAGUCGUCUGAUGCUGCAAACGUAGCCACCACAGACCCCUGUCUCAUAGUGAUGCCGCCAUGCAUGGGCGACGCCGACCGCUUCAGUCUGGAGGCGCUGCGGCACAUCCACAAACAGCUGGACGAUGACAAUGACGGGGGAAUAGAGGUCAACGAGAGCGUGGAGUUUAUAAUAGAAGACAUGAAGCAGCAGCAAACCAACAAACACAGCAACCUGCACCGUGAAGACCAGCACAUCACUGUGGAGGAGCUGUGGAAGGGCUGGAAGACCUCUGAAGUCCACAACUGGACCGUGGAGGACUCGGUGCAGUGGCUGAAGGAGUCGGUGGAGCUGCCGCAGUACGAGAAGAACUUCCGGGACUUCCGGGUCACGGGGAACACUUUACCUCGAAUAGCGGCAAAUGAACCGUCGUUUAUGUCGAUGCAGCUGAAGAUAUUAGACCAGCGGCAUAAACAAAAACUAAACCUAAAGGCACUCGACGCAGUGCUUUUUGGCCCUCCUCUCCGUCCACAACAUAACUGGAUGAAGGACUUUGUCCUUAUGGUUUCCAUAGUGAUCGGCGUCGGGGGCUGCUGGUUUGCUUAUGUGCAGAACAAGUCCAGCAAGGUGCACAUCUCCAAGAUGAUGAAGGAUCUGGAGAGUCUGCAGAAUGCUGAGCAAAGCCUCUUAGACCUGCAGAGUCGGCUGGAAAAAGCUCAGGAGGAGAACCGGACGGUGGCCGUGGAGAAGCAGAACCUCGAGCAGAAGAUGCGGGACGAGAUCAACGGAGCCAAAACGGAGGCUCACAGACUUCGAGAGCUGCGAGAGGGCGCUGAAUGUGAACUCAGCCGCCUCAAAUACGCCGAAGAAGAGCUGGUACAGGUGCGGAAGGCCCUGAAGCGAGCGGAGAAGGAGAUGCAGUCGGAGCGGUCGGUGCCUGAAGCUCUGCAGAAGUGGCUCCAGCUCACACACGAGGUGGAGGUUCAGUACUACAACAUCAAGAAACAGAGCGCUGAGUUUCAGCUGUGCGUCGCCAAAGACGAGGCAGAGAAAAUAAAGAAGAAAAGAGGUUCAGUGUUUGGAACACUUCAUGUCGCCCACAGCUCCUCACUGGACGAGGUGGACCACAAGAUACUAGAAGCAAAGAAAGCCCUGUCAGAGGUGACGGCGUGCCUGAGGGAGCGGCUGCACCGCUGGCAGCAGAUUGAGAAGCUUUGCAACUUCCCUGUAGUUAAUAACUCGGGGCUGCCAAGCCUGACGGCCAGCCUCUACUCAGACCACAGCUGGGUGGUCAUGCCGCGAGUCUCGGUGCCUCCCUAUCCCAUCGCAGGAGGAGUGGACGACCUGGACGAGGACACGCCUCCCAUCAUUCCGCAGUUCACAACGAGCACGAUGAUCCGGCCCUCGCUGACCCGCAGCAGCAGCCUGUGUCGUUCCCGCAGGAGCCUGAUGAGCUCUCCGCAGUCCUCGCUGAUGUCUCCAGACCCCGACCUGCUGUCCAUGGCCAGCUCGUCCCUCUCCUAUCGCCCCGAGGCAGACGACGAACAUAUCAUGUUCAGCUCGGAUAGGAGGGGGUAUGUAGCGGUGGCCGGAACGCCGCGGAAUGGUUUUACAGUUUGGACUCACAGGGAACCGGCUCAGGAGUGCAGCUCCGACACAGACUCUCUCAACUCUUCCAUGGGUCGCAAGCAGCUGCACAACCCCUGCACACCGGGCUCGGACACCCCGUACCGCAAGAUCUCCCGCGAGGAGCUGCUGCUGUUCAGCCAGAAUCCAGAGCUUCCCUCGUCCACCCCCGCCACCUCCACCACCCACACCACCAGCAGCAGCAGCAGCAGCAGUCUCAGGGACUCCACGCCUCCUCCUCUGCCGCCCACUCCGGCCACCACCCCCUCCGGCCCGCCCUCCACCUCGCCGUCCCCGGCUUUGGAGCACCACCCGUUUGCACACAGAGGCUCGCCUGACCUCACCCGCAUCAUACCCGAGUCCCAAAGUGCAACCUUCUCGCAGGGCAACGCCACCUCUCCGACGGGCAAGGGCGUGUACAACGGCAUCCUGGAGAAGUCCUACAGCUUUGGCCAGCUGCCCGCGAGCAUGCUGCCCAACGUGGGGCGCUACCCGUCUCUUACCUCCCUGGACUCGGAGGGCCGGAGCGUGGGGAGGGAACACAAGCUCCUGAGCACCUCCUCCCAGGACUCCAGCGACAAUGGAGAGAAAAUCAAGCGCUCCUCCUCUAAAAUCAAAAGCUUAUUUAAGAAGAAAAAAUAAAACUUGCAGAGUGAGAUAGUGUGUGAGCAAGAGAAAUAAAAUAUAAAGAGUUGUUUUAGCCCUAAUACUAAAAAAAAGGACAUCACUGAAAGCUAAAACAUUUCAUUAUCUCUCAUUAUUUCUUCUUUUGGUCGUCAAAGAUGGAAUGUAGCUCAGUCUGGGUGCCUUUAAACGCCUCGGACUGGUAGCCUUAUUUUUCAAUAAUGCCUUUUUAUUUAGUUCACUCAUAGCCUCACCUGCACAGGUCAAGGAAAAGUCAAUAAAAGGUCAGAGGUCAUGAUAGUUUGUCAUCCACUCAGCCAGAACACAUGACCUGUUCACAGUCUUCUGUUCAUUUUGGUUCGAACCAAAAAGUCACCAUGUGUAAAGGUCUAAAGGUGCAGUCCAUAAAUGUGUACAUGUAGUACAGAAUAAUGUUUGCUGUUUGCACUGGAAGUAUUGAAAUCACACUUUUAGUAGUGACAGUAUCACCACACAAAAAACAGCUUGUACGAUUUUUUUAAAGGAACACUUCACCCUCAAAUGAUAAUUUGUGUGUCAGUUACUCGCCCUGUGUUACAUUGAAUUUGUGAAGAAACCUUUUGUUUUCCCGCAUGCCUCCACGGUGAACGAAGAAUCCAAAAACGGAUAAAAUUCUUGAUGAAUUAAAGUCACAGGGGUCCAUGUUUCACAACAGCAAAACUACAUCAAAAAAUCUGUUUACAAACUCUCACACAACUCGUGUAGCGUAAUCUCAAGUCUCAUUUAUCAGUCGUAUGGUAAGGACGUCCCAAGUACGCAGCUCGUCUGGACAGGCUACUGAACAGGAAGUGAAUCUUAUCUGUGCUCCCUUCAAAGUCAGACUCCACUGACAAAAACAGUAAUUUUACCUCACUGAACAUGAGAGCUGCUGGUCUACUGCUGCCUCGAUCAGUUUUUUCGAUUGCGUUUCUGUGUGACUUUGGUGAAUCCAAACUAAUCCUUUAAAACAACAAAAUCACACAAAUAAAGUAACCGAUUGAGGCAGCAGUGUUUUAACGAUACUGAGGUUUCUAACUUUGAUACAAUCCCUUAAAAAUAGGUAUAAAAAUAAUCUUUAUUUAUAAAGCGCUUUUCAAAACAGAGUAAAUAAAAAUCUAAAUGAACUUAAAACCCAAGUAAAAUCAGGAAAGGCUUUCCGAUAAAAGUAUGUUUUAAGAAAGGACUUAAAAGCGAUCACUGACUUGACCGACCUGAUUUCCUUGGGCAGAUUGUUCCAGAGUCUCGGGGCCCUGACAGCAAACGCUCUGUCCCCUUUAGAUUUCAGCCGAGCCUCUGGAACAGACAAAAGACCUCUGCUGCCCGAGGACGUCAAAGUACGUCCUGGCGUGUACGGUACGAAGAGGUCAAAGAUAGGGUUGAGACAGAGAUCAUGAGAGCCUUAAAGUAAUCAGUAAAAUCUUAAGCCAGUGUAAAGAGGCUAAAAGUCUGAAUUCUAAACAGCCUAGUGUCGAUUGAUACGUUUUUGAUUCAGGCAAGAAUAGAGGCAGUUGUGAGGAGAUGAAGGCGCAUAAAAUAUCUAUAUUCAAUGCUAUUUUCAAUACCAUGAUGAAAAAUUGAUAUUGACAGUAGGAAAUUAAAUUUUUUUUAUUAAAAGAGAAAAUGCAACAAUGCUAUAACACGACAACAACGACCUUUCUUGGUUAGUAGCAGAAAACAGAAUGACAUGAUGCGAGUUUUUGCGUUACGUUACUCCCGUGAGUUUGAACGCUAGAAUAUUUUGUGUUGACUUGCGUCAUAUGCACUUGGGAUCCCUGAAUCGAUGAAUAAUCUUCUGCCGUAUGACGUCCUUGGCGACUAACGUCCCUGCAGAAUCUCAAUGCUGUUGGCUCUCAUGGCUCAAAUUGGUCACUGAAGUUAAGAUUUUUCAACUCUAGCGAAUAAGCGUAUGACACAAAAUUGUGCUACUUGCUUCAUUCACGUCAUUCGUGUCGCAUCCAUUGCAUUCAACUGUUACCAGUGACAGCUUACCGAUUCUGAAAUGUAGUUGGGAACACGCUGGCUUCUUAACAUUAAAUUAACUUGGCUCGUUAUUAGCUGGUAACUAGCUUCUAGCGGUUCGGACCACUCUGCAGAAGGAAGGACGGCGAGGCGUUCGGGUGCUGUUCAGUCCCCACCACAUAACAAUAAACGUCUUUUUCUGUUUUGCGCCCGGUGUGAACACAACAUAAUAGAUAACGAGAUAAUCGUGUAUUGAUACUGCGCAAGAUGAGUAUUAAAACUGUUUGAAAUAUUCAGAAUUAAAAUGUGUUGAUAAACCAAUAUUUGGGACAACAUUACAAAGCAGAGGUAGACCAGUAGCUCCCGUUAUCAGCAAAGUAAAACUGCUGUUUUUGUCAAUGGAGUCUGGCUUUGAAGAGAGCAUUGAUAAAUUUCGCUUUCAGUUCAGUUCCCUGUCAGAAAGAAAAGUGUGUUUGGGCAGUACUUAGCAUAUGACUGGAUAAAUGAGACUUGGAUUAUACUGCUCGAGUCAUGUGAGAGUUUGUAAGCAGAUGUUUUGAUGUAGUUUUGCUGUUGUUAAACAUGGACCCACAUGACUUCAAUUGAUCAAGAAUUUUCUCAGUUUUUGGAUUCUUCGCCCACUGUGGAGACAUGCGAGAAAAACAAAUUUGUUCUCAUGAAAUUAACGUAACACUGGGUGAGUAACUACAAAUAAUCAUUUUGUGGGGGGAAAAAAAAAUUCUUUCUAAAGCGCCCUAACUUCUCCCCGUUCAAAUUAUGGAUUGCAUCUUGCGUGUUUGAGUCCUAAACUCGCAUACUUGAUGAAUUUCCUUUGGGGAAAAAAAAAAAAAAAAAAAAAUCCUGCUAAAAGUUUGUUGCACUACUGCUUUCCUGGUAUUUUGGGAAAGAGCCGCUGCUUGCGGAGUACAUAUUGAAUAAAGAUAUAGAGAUGAGAGACAUGCAUGGGCAGCGGCAGUGGAAAUGCAGCACUUAAUGCCAGAGCCAAAAUUACGUGACGCAUCUUCAAUGCUGUUACUUAUGUUUGUCUCAAUAUAUAUAAAUAUAUAUAUAUAUAUAUAUAUAUAUAUACUUUGUUUUCACAUGAUUAUGUUCUUAUAGAUGUUUUUAAAUAGAUUUAUAUUGGUGGGGGUUCCUACUGUAUGAAAGGAAGUUUAAUGAAUAUGCAGAUUUAACCCGCACCAGUCAUUUUCCCUGUAAUCUUGCCGUCCCUUAAUACUUGAUUAACUGUGUCCUGUAGCCAUACCAACAUACCAUUUACAUUCUUUGUCUUAAAUACCCUUCCCCCUUAAAAAAGUUUGGUGUCACUACCAGAUUUUUGUCAAAUUGUCUGUGCAAAUAAUUCUUUAUGUGGUUGGAGUGCCAUAUUCACGGUGCGUUUAAGGAUACACGAGUGCCAGGAGGACUGUCUCUACUGUGACGACAUGGCCUCUCCCAUCUUUGUUUCCAGGCUUUUUGUUUUUAAAGACAAACACUAAGGAUUAUCUGUUCAUCAAAGGAACUAUUUGAUCCAGAUCUGAUCAAUACACCAACACCUGCUCCCCCCCCCACACACUAAGCUCGAAGCCGACCCACGCAAUACGGUCCCGUUCCUGUUCCUCACCUCUGGGCCCGCACCGAGCGCACUGAUGUCAAGAGCUCCUGCUUCACACUGUGAUUUCUGCCUUCUUCCCUUCAUCCUGGACCUGGCUGUCACUGCUGCAGUUUAACACGAGACAAGGGGUCAUGUGACUACACGAUGAAGUGUCAGGGGGCGAUGCUGCCGUGUACGAGGUGUGUCUGGGCGACAGGACGAUGCGAGGAUCCAGUGGCCUCUGUUUUUAAAGGAAAAAGUCUAUAUUUAGAAGUCUGUGGCAGAACAGCACACAAUGAAGGAAACGAAAGACAGAACUGCAAGACGAGGAAAUCUGAAUGUUUACGAGACAUUAGGGGUUUUUUGAGAACAUUUUGUGUGUGAAUAUUUGUAUACUGUAGAAGAAUUAAUAAAAAAAAAUG